GCACUAAUUCAUAUAAAACAAUUCAAUAUUCAAAGUUUUAACGGCGAAUGUGAUUAUCCGAUCAUCACUUUCCGAUUGGAUCACAUUCGGCUUUAUAACAUUUUCUUAUUGAUUAUUUAUCCUCCUCCUCUACUUUUUUAAUUCUCCUCUUAUUACCAUAACAUCUCAUCUAGGGUUUUGUUCUCGUUGAUUUUCCUGCCUUGUAGACAUACAAGAUAUCAAUAAUUAAGAUCAAUCCUUUUUAAUAUUGUUUAUGUGCUGAUAAGGAGAAAUCUAUAUAUGGUUGUGUAUUAAUCUCAGGAGGGAAUGAUCAUCUUUUAUUUUUCAUUUUUGGAUGUUAUGAGGGUUGCCUGAACAUUUCCAGAUUCAUUUUCCGGAUUUUUGAAUUUGGAAGCUUUUAAUCGAGUAGACUCGGGGUAUGACAAGAAUAGGGGUAAGGUAUAUCUUACCUUACCCGUACAUCUGACCUUCCUCAGACCAUUCUUCGGGAUGAGACAAACAAUAUCGGAUAACAUACAGCUGCAGUACAAUAAAGUUAUUAUAUAGACACACACACUUGUGUCAAGACUCCAGAACCAUCUGCUAGUUGGAAGGAAGUGAUCUCCAUCUCGACCUGUCAAGCGCUAUACACAGUCACUUGGUCAUUCACCUGAAAUAUUAACCCAAAGAACAACAAUAGAGAGUCGAGUAUUACAGUAGUUGCUGCAUGUUUCGUGGAAGCAUUCACCCUCAUGGCCCUAUUCUUAUUCUGCUGUUUCAGGGGUAGGAGGAAGAAAAUUCACCCCAAAGAUGGACUAAGAGUUGGUUCUCCAGUGAUCCACAAUUCCUUGUCCAGUGUCAACAGUUUUAGCGCCGAAUCUGAAGAUUCACUAGCUGUAGAUUUAGAAGCAGAAGCUCUGGAAGUUUCGCAAGAGGACACUUCUACAAUAUUGCCAGUCCCGCCUGGAAGAGUGCGCGGUCCAACUCCAAAGUUCACUGCAGGUAAAAGAUUUUUUGGUCGCUCGGCCAAUGUCAACCGCUAUACCAUCAAACCUGAUAACUCUCUUACCGAAGAAAAAGUACCAGAAGAAAAAGCAGCAGGAGAAAAAGCAGAAGAAGAGAAAGCAUCUGAAGAAGAAGUAUCAGAAGAAAAAGUAUCUGAAGAAAAAGUGUCAGAAGAAGAAGAAAAGGUAUCAAAAGAAAAAGAAUCAGAACCUACAGACGCUCCACCUCCUGACAGUCCUGCAAAAUUGCCACUUCCGCCUGGAAAAUUGCCACCCCCGCCUGGAAAAUUGCCACCCCCACCUGGAAAAUUGCCACCCCCACCUGGAAGAGUGCCCCCUCCAGCUCCAACAUCUGAUCCAAAAUCUCCUGCAGCCCCAAAACCUGCUCCUCCAGUGCCAGGAUCUGCUGCUACAACUACAGAACCUGCUAGUCGAGGCCCACAACCUGCUGCCGCCUCUCCUCCUCCACCUCCUCCUUCAAACAAUCUUGCGCCUAGAGCUCCUCCACCCCCGAAGAUUGGCCAAGCUCCACCUAAUCCUCCAAAAGCAGGUAAUAUGCCAAAGCCCCCAAACGUUAAAGGUCGUUCUUCCGCGAACAAGGAAACUAGUGACUCUGGCAGUCAGAAAGCAAAAUUGAAGCCGUUCUUUUGGGACAAAGUUCUUGCUAACCCUGAGCGGUCCAUGGUGUGGAAUGAAUUAAAGGCGGGCUCAUUCCAGUUCAAUGAGGAGAUGAUGGAAGACCUAUUUGGUUAUAACAAAGUGGAGAACAAAAAAAAUGACCAUGACAGCAAGAAACAACCGGCCAAGGCCGCUCCAAAAUUUAUUCAAAUAAUUGAUCCUAAGAAAGCUCAAAACUUAUCAAUACUGUUGAAAGCAUUAAAUGUGACAACCGAAGAAGUCUGUGACGCCAUCCAGGAAGGUAACGAGCUUCCUCCAGAGCUCAUUGAGACUCUGUUAAAGAUGGCACCAACAUCACAAGAAGAGCUACAGCUCAGGUUAUACAGCGAUGACAUCUCUAAACUUGGACCUGCUGACCGCUUCAUCAAAAUUUUGGUUGACAUCCCAUUUGCUUACCAGCGUCUGGAGGCUUUGUUGUUUAUGUGUACUCUUCAGAAUGAGUCAUUUUCAAUAAAAGAGUAUUUUGCAGUAUUGGAGGUAGCAUGCAAGGAGCUUAAGAACAGCAGACUUUUUCUAAAACUCCUAGAAGCAGUUCUUAAAACUGGCAAUCGUAUGAACGAUGGUACUUUCCGUGGUGGCGCAAAGGCAUUCAAGCUUGAUACACUUCUAAAAUUAUCAGAUGUUAAAGGAGCUGAUGGCAAGACUACGCUCCUCCACUUUGUUGUUCUAGAAAUAAUUAGAACUGAAGGUAAACGCGCGGCACGCAUAGUAAGAGAGAAUGGUAUCAUGAAUGGCAUCAAAGCAGAAGACCUUAUUGAGGAAACACCGGAAAACCUUUUUAAUCUUGGUCUUGAUGUAGUCUCGAAUUUAAGUGAUGAGCUUGCACAUGUUAAAAAGGCUGCAGUAUUGGAUGUUGAUAUGGUGACAAGCACAGUCGCCAAGCUUGCUCUCUCGCUAAAUCAAUCCAAGAAACUUCUGAACAAUGAACUGAGUGGCUUAGAAGAAGAAUGUGAGUUCCGUCAAACGCUUGCUGAAUUUAUUGAGCAGGCAGAUGGUGAUAUCCUGUGGAUGCUAGAAGAAGAAAAAAAGAUGACUGCUCUUGUCAAGAGCACAGCUGAUUACUUUCAUGGGACUCCAGGAAAAGAUGAGGGAAUGCGAUUAUUUUUAGUUGUUCGUGACUUUUUAGUUAUGGUAGAUAAGGUAUGUCAAGAGGUAAAAAAAUCAGGACUAGAUCAACUGAAGACUCCCAAGAAAGAGGCUCAAAGUGCAUCAACUUCUCAAGCUCAGCAAAAGCAACAGAAGUAGCAGAAGCAAACUUCUCCGCAUGUUCCUAAAAACCUGUUUCAUGCUAUUAAGGAGCAACAGAAGCAUGAUUUCAGUUCAGAUGACGAAAGCUGAUGCAUAUAAGUUUCGGCCCUGACAGGUGGUUUUUGAUUAUCACACAAAUGAGGAACUGCAGAAUGAUGCAAGUUGCAAAACAAUGUAUAGUUCCCCAGCAGCCCAGCUCAGUAAUGACUUCCUUGUACAUAAAUCCACAAAGUUUCUAUGAUGUCUCCUGCUGGGCUGCCUCACGUCAAGCUAUACAUUGCAUUGGUCCCCUACCUGUGAUAGGAGAUAUCAUGGUGGCUUGGGUUUGGGGUGGUUUCUCCGUGGUGUAAUUAGGAGAUUCCUGCGGCGGAAGUAGCACUCUCGAAAGGAAGUCUGGUAGAAUCUUUGGCCCAAGCUCUUCCUAGCUCCAGAAAAAGAAAAGAAUAUAGAAAGAAAGGUGCCUAACUAUACAACUAACUCUCCAGUAGAGUUUUUGUUUUGGACUGUUAGAAAGUGAAUGCAAAUUGGUUAAGUCCAUGGCUUUAGUUUCAAGGUCUAUAAAUUAAAGUAUUGUACCAACUAUUAAGGGGGGGAUGAUGCAUAGACUUUGUCAUAUAUUUCUAUCCUGUUGCCUUUAGUUAUUAUGUGUAGCUUUAGUCUCUCUUUUCUACUGUAAGACUGUUUAUGUUUAUGAUCAUUUCCUAUUCUUUGGAAAGUAUUGGUCAAAGUUUAUCGAAAAUUAAACAUAAAUGCUUAAAACCCA